CUACCCGUGCCCGACCGGGAAGGUGUAAAAUGCCCGCCCAAAGCAAAACGGUAAAGCUCCUGCACUGCUGAGUGCUCGCCGGACGGGGACCGGUCACUGUGAUCAUCGGAUCAGAUAAACAGCUUCGAGCUUUUCCAAAUCCUUAGAUCCACAGUUCUUAGAGGAAAUCAUCGCUUCAGGUUUCCAGAAUGGCUGUGGCAACCUUUUACAGAAGAGUUCUUCCGUCUCCUCCCGCCAUUGACUUCGCUUCCCCGGAAGGCGAGGAGCUGUUUGUUGAAGCUCUUAGCACAGGGAGCAUGGAAGGAUUUUUCAAAUUGAUCUCUUACUACCAAACACAAUCUGAGCCUGCAUAUUGUGGUCUAGCUAGCCUUGCCAUGGUCCUAAAUUCCCUUGCAAUUGAUCCGGGGAGAAAAUGGAAAGGCCCUUGGAGAUGGUUUGAUGAUUCCAUGUUGGAUUGCUGUGAACCGUUAGGAAAGAUAAAGGAGGAAGGCAUCUCAUUUGGAAAAGUUGUAUGUUUGGCCUAUUGCAAUGGUGGUAACGUUGAAGCAUUUCGGGCAAAUGAGAGCACAAUUGAUCAUUUCCGAAGUUGUGUAGUUUCAUGUGCUGCUUCUCAGGAUUGUCAUAUGAUCACAUCAUAUCACAGAGAAAAAUUAGAGCAGACAGGAACUGGUCAUUUUUCACCUAUUGGAGGGUAUCAUGCUGGAAGAGAUAUGGUUCUUAUCUUGGAUGUUGCUCGGUUUAAAUAUCCUCCUCACUGGAUCCCUCUUUCACUUCUUUGGGAAGCCAUGAAUACCAUUGACAAUUCAACAGGACAUUAUAGGGGGUUCAUGAUUCUUUCAAGGCUUGAAAAUGCACCAUCCAUUCUUUAUACAGUGAGUUGUAAAGAUGGGAGUUGGAUCAGUAUUAUGAAGUACUUAAUUCAUGAUGUUCCAUUCCUGCUGAAGUCAGAGGAUAUAAAAGAUGUUCAGGAACUACUCUUCAAACUAAUUGCAUCACUACCUUCUGAUUUUAAUGAAUUCAUCAAGUGGGCUGCAGAAGUCCGAAGAUCGGAGGAUGAGAACACAAUAUUAAGUGAAGAGGAGAAGAAAAGGCUUGAAUUGAAGGGAGAGGUACUGAAACAAGUGCAAGAGACUGAAUUAUUUGCGCAUGUGACCAGAUGGUUGGCUUCUGAAAGUUCAAACUGCAAGUGCAUCACAUCCUUGAGUAACAAAACUACAUUACCUGAAAUUGCAGCAAAUGUUUGUCACCAAGGAGCACAACUUUUGUCUGGGAAGUCCAGUUCAUCAAAUUCAUUUUGCUUUAAGGAUUCAAAUACGAAACUCUUAGAGGGUAAUGGUCAAAAUUCAGUAAGGUUGAUUUCUGGAACAGUAAUUAUUGAUGGAGGGAAACAAAGGGUUGAUAUGCUGAUUCCUUGGUGUCAAAGAGGAUCCAGUGUUGACUCAAUUAAUUGCAGUGGGAUGCAUCCAUCUACUGCUGAUGUUUUGACAGUAUUGUUAUUGGCUCUGCCUGAGCCGACAUGGUCUGAUAUUGAAAACAAGAAGCUGCGGGCGGAAAUGAAUAGUCUCACGCAAACUGAAAAUCUUCCACUUUUACUACAAGAGGAGAGCAUGCAAACUGUGCUGGAACUGGACUCCACCUUUAUUCAGAAUUUGAAUAAGAUACGCUCUUUUUCCAAAUCCUGGGCCCAGUCCAUACUGCCAAAUUUGGCAAAUCUGUCACUAAGAGAUCUGUCUUUUUUGACUAAAAAGAUUAAUUGUUCCAGUUUGUUAGAACUCUUAGAAUGCCUCGAAAUGUGGAGGGAUAGCACUUUGUCAAAACUUAGACCCGCUUAGUCCUCCAAAAUCUGUUCAGUUUGAAUGAAAGAUGCCAACUGCAUUUGCUUUUGGCCAAACCUUCUUUGAUGAAAAUCAGCAAGACCCCCAAAUAAAGUGAAGAUAGAUCCUUAAGUUUGGUUUAUUUAAUCAGUCUUGAAAAAAGGUUGAAAUACAUUAGGUUAAUUAUUUGGGCCCGGUUACAAAUGCACAGCAUUUUAUGGUUCCAUUAUCAGUUGUUAUAUUUCAUCGAUCUUUGACCACAUCUCUGGGUUAAAAAUCGAUUACUUCUGGCAUAUUGUGACAGUUUCUUCUACCUCCUACUGUUCCAGCACGUCUUUCAUAUCUUCAAAUUCAGUUUUGAAGGUGGUACAAGCAUACGGGAAGUUGAUAAUCCGACUUUGAUGUUCAUAGGAUACAUUGAUGGAAUUGGUCAAAAAUUAGCAUCUCUUUUUAUGUUUAACAGAAACUUCCA